UGGUGGCACUGCGCGCAGCCGCCGGUGGGAGCGGCGGCGGCGGCGGCGGCGGCGCUCGGCGCGCCGUCCCGCGGCGCGGACACUUCAGUCCGAAGCAGCGUGCGUUCGCGGACGGUCGGGGAAGCGGCAGCGAUGUCGCGGCUUUUGGUGUUGGUGUUGUGCGUGUGGCGGCCCGCGGUGGCCUUCAACCUGCUGCCCAGCGGCGCCGUGGUGCUGUCCCCGCCCUGGCGCCCGCCGCAGGAGGCGCACUUCGGCUACUCGGUGGCCCUCGCCACCAUCCAGGGCAGCAGCUGGGUGAUCGUGUCGGCGCCGUGGGCCAACUCCAGCUUCGAGGCCCCGAGGUUCUCGCGCAGCGGCGCCUUGUUUCGCUGCGAGCCGACGGGCGGCGGCUGCAAGGAGAUGUACUUCGUCCAGGGUGAGACUGAUGCUGGCUUUGAACAUCCUUUAAACAUUAACAAUGGAACUCUUGGAGGAUCAAUGGACGCGUUACUAGGGAAUGAUGGGAUGGUGGUAUGCAAUCCAGCAUAUAAAGAAAUGCAAGAUAGUUAUUUGCUUAUGCCUGGAAUGUGCUACUGGCUUUUUGACUUGAUGGCUAACGACGAUUAUGUUGAGAGACGCAGGCUCGUUGGCAACGUAGGUAACCAAGCGUUUACAAUAGAUGGCAUUUCAGUGGAUGAUCAUGGGUCGCCUCAAAUAGGAUUUUCUGUUCAUCAGCUACAGGAAGAAGGUCAAACCAUGUUGAUUGGAGGUCCCGGCUUAUUUGCCGGUCGAGGAACUGUUUCGCUCUUUCGCCAUGAUUUUCGAGAAAGUCGAGCAAUGGAAAAUUAUGGAGUGGCGGUUUCUGCAUUGAGCAACGAUUCUUAUUUUGGUUAUGCGGUGACAGCCGGAAAAUUCCAGUCUUCGGAUGUUUCGUCAGUUCUGUUUGUGGGCAGCGCCCCUCGGGCUGAUGAUUUACGAGGAAAGGUGUUAGUAUUCAAUUAUAAAAAUCUGUCGGAAGAUAUAGGUUUAUCAACUAUCAAUAUUAAAAAGGAACUGAGUGGAGAAAAAACUGGGGAGUAUUUUGGAGCAUCUCUCGCUGCAGCUGAUGUGAAUAAUGAUGGCAUUGAUGAACUUUUUGUGGGAUCACCAUUAUAUAGUACACCAGGAUCAGGAGAUGAAGGGAAAGUAUACCUAUUUAUGACCAGUGGAAAGAAUAAAACUGAAAUAUUGAACAUUAAAGAAGGAAUCAUGCCAAAAAUUAAAAUCCCUGGUGGAAGGUUUGGAACAGCUAUUGCUGCUCUGGGUGACAUUGAUAAAGAUGGAUUUGGAGACAUAGCGAUUGGUGCUCCCUAUGAAGAUUCAGAGAGAGGGACAAUCUAUAUAUUCUAUGGAAGUCCUGAGAGCCCCUACUUGAAGUACGAGCAACGCAUAAAGGCAACAGAUGUAGAUUUACAUCUCAAAGGAUUUGGCUUCAGUUUUUCUCGAGGAGGAGAUAUUGACAACAAUACAUACAAUGAUUUGGGAGUUGGUGCCUAUCUAUCUGACAAUGCUGUAAUAUUAAGAACUUCACCCAUACUAAGAUUUAAUUCUUCACUAAGAAUUGAUUCUGCAAACAACAAAAUACCCAUGUAUGGUGACAGCACUACACUCACAGUUUGUGUGAGACCCAAUGAAGUACUGGAAAAUACAGGUGUGGAAGUCAUUCUAAACAUUGACCCAGUUUUCAACAGAGGAUUUAUAAAUGGCAAUAGAAAAUUCAGAUAUAAUCUUACUUUGACUGCAAGAAAUGCAAAGGAUGAUUGUCAAUCAUUUCCUAUGACAUUAAAAAAUAACACAAAAAUAUACAAGCCUUUGGAAAUUGAGAUAAGCUACAGGAUCAUUUACCCAAAACCAAAAAAUGGCCAGUUUUGCAAAUUUUGCCCAAUUUUGGACUUUAAAAAACCAAAAUCAUAUCAUUACAUUCACUACCAGACUGACUGUGCUGGUCAAGUAUGCAAAACCAAUCUUGCAUUAAAAGGAAAUUUUACUGGUGUACGGUCUCCAUUUGUAAUAGGAAGCACAAACCAAAGUAGUAUUGAAAUGGCCCUUGAAGUGUCUAACUCACUGGAGGCUUCUUAUGAAACAUAUGUGACAAUAACCUUUCCAUCAGCAAUUAAACUAAGACAAUAUCACCAAUCAUGUGACAAAAAAGUUAAUUCAACGGAUGUCACUGAACUGUUUUGUGAAGUUCCUUAUAUGCUUAAUAGAACAACAAAGCCUUUUCUCCUUAAUGUUCAAUUUGAUAUAAAUAAUGUUCCUUGGGACAUCAAUCAGUUACAAGUUAAUGUUUCGGUUGAAGGAUCAGGAGAAGAACAAAAUCUUGCGGAUGAUAAAAUUACAUUAUUUCUUGAAUUGAAACAUGUUGCAAAUGUUUCAAUUAAGGGGCGAUCAAGUGCUGAGAAUAUUCAAUUUGCAAUAAAGCAAAAUGACAGUGAUGAUUACACAUACCAUGACAAAACUUUUACACACACCUAUACAAUUAUUAAUAAUGGACCAAGUCCUAUUCAUGAACUAAAUUUAAAAUUUUUAAUUCCUCACAAAGUGAAAGAAUCUGGACAAGACAUAGUUUUUCUUAAUGUAAUUCCUCCACGAUUUGUAUUUGUUGAUGCAUCUGGAUAUGGACAGAAAUCAUCUCCAGAAUAUGAUGCAGUGUCUGAAAAAUCUAGAGAUCAUCAAUAUCUGAAUUUGGAAUGUUCAUUGCCUGAGGUGGAAUGUCUAGUAGUGUACUAUAAUACUACAGAUACAAUAUAUGCAAAAAAUGGAGUUACCGUGUCAUUUGAAAUAACUGGCCUCCUUAAGUCAUUAGGUCCUCAUCUUAAACAAAGUGGAGUGAUAGUCAGGACUGUGGGUAAAAUAGAAAAUGAAUAUAUAUUGGAUCAAGAUCUUGAUGGAAUCACGAUUUUCACUUCUGAGGCGGAAACGGUACUCUCUGGAAAAGUAGUGUCUCAGGAAAGAGUGAAGGACUGGAUUAUAGUUCUAGCUGUUAUUUGUGGAAUUCUCAUCCUGGCAAUUAUGUGUUUUGUAUUGUGGAAGCUGGGCUUCUUUAAAAGAAAUAAACCACCUACUUCUGAAGAUGGAGAAGUUGAGAAGCCAGAUGCGGCUGAUAAGAUGGACACCGAACCACUUUAUGAAGAAAAUCCUUAAGUUAUUUGGAGAUAUAUCUUCAAGAGUCAAGAAAUGUGCGAGUUGAGAAUGGUGUUUGAGUGAAUGUUUAAAAUUUAUUUAUAUGUAUUGAGAUGUGCAAUGUGUGGGCGUGUGAAUGACGUGCAUUUAUUGAGAGACAUUUUACAAAACGUUAUGCCAAUGUUUGUUGUGAGCUCUUUAUAAGAGCAACUGAAGACUGCCAAAGAUUUUUGUUUUCACAACUUGUUUCUUGGAAAGCCUCGUUUCAAGCAACGGCUUAGUGAACAGUGAGUUUUUAAUUGCCAUUUAUCGAGUAGUUCAAAUCUUAUUUAACAACGAAAUUACUCUUGAAAACGGAUAUUCGGAUAUUGCUCGAUAAGAAAAUAUUUUCUGACUUAAUUGGCGUGUGAUUAUGUAGGGUUACUAUUUCAGUAGAAUUUUACAAAAUAAAACUCGCAUCUGCGAUAUUUGGAACGAUACUGGUUAGGCUAUUUUAGGAAGUACUUGACGACGGUAUAUAAGUGUCUUGUGUUCAAAAAUAACACUUUACAAUUGAAAUGAGGCUCUUGCCUGUGUUCUUUUGCAAGAGAGACAUUUAUUAACUGUUCUACAUUAGAACAAGACUGAAAAUGCUUUAGCGAAGUUGCCACAAUGGCAAAGCAACUUUUGGAAGAGAAACAUUUAUUGACUGUUCUAUUUUAGAACAAGACUGAAAAAGCUUAAGCGAGCGAAAUUACCACGAGCAGAAUAAAACCAAAUGGUUAUGUGUAUAAAACAAUAAUUUUGUCCACAAAAUAUAAACGUUUAAGUUAUAUUAAUUUCUUAAUUUACGGGAAAUAUUUUAAUGAUAAUUAAAGUUGCUUUGCUGUUAAUGUGUGCUUUAUUUUAUUACUUUGUUACAACCUGCAUACCGCGCGUAAAAAUAUUUUUGUAAAUCGAUUAACACUGUGGCGUAACGUCAGUGUGAAAUAAGGGUUUAAAGAACGGUAACGUGAGUUUUUCAGAUUUAUUAAAAAAGGCUAAUCUCACUCACGAUUAGCAGUACGUAGAAAUCCAUAUUUUUAUACGAUCGUAGAGAAAAUAUUUUUACGUAGUAACAUUUUUCGACGUGACAAAUAGAAACCUAUAUUGAACGCUUCAAGUCUGAAAGUGAAGUAUACAUACUUCAUACAAGAUAAAGAUUAAAUUCUCGAACUUUUACGGAGAAAAAUGAUGUCCAUAAUGUUAUCGGUAUUGUCUGUUUCUUGAAACGGAGCUUCCCUAACAUAUUCAGUUUAAACAUUAAAUUUCACUGACAUUUU